CUGCCUUCCUUUCCUUCACUGUUCUUCGCCGCCACCUUGCAGCUGUUGAGUGUUGUCCUUAGGCUGAGAUCCACUUCCCUUUCAAAGACUAUUCUUCAUUUCUGCUGCUGUCUAGCUGGGAGCUGUUCUAUUCCUUGCAUUAUUCUUGAGCCACCAGAUUUGGUGUUAUGCCACUUUUGACUUGACUGAAGAAAUCCCCUCAUGACCAUAUAUACCUUGUUAAACAAGACCCUUGAAUUGAAUUUUCUUGCUGGAUUGAAUGGAUUGGAGUGCAAGGAAAUCUAAUAGCUUAGGCUGUUCUGCAGGGUGUAUAUAUAUAUAAAGUGUAAUCAUCAUUUUCAAGAAUCCCAGAAUAGUAUGGAGCAAACAGUGGGAGGAGGAGAGGAAAAGACAGUAAUUUUGUAUGGAACAUGGACCAGCCCUUAUGCCAAGAGAGUUGAAUUGGGUCUCAGAAUCAAAGGCAUUCCUUUUGAGUAUGUGGAAGAAGAUUUGAGCAAUAAGAGCCCCUUUCUCCUUGACAACAAUCCUGUUUACAAGAAGGUUCCGGUGCUCGUGCAUAAUGGAAAGUGUCUAUCAGAGUCACUCAUCAUUCUUGAAUAUAUAGAUGAAGUGUGGAGCCAGGAGCCUCACUUUUUGCCAGCAGAUCCUUAUGAAAGAUCCAAAAUCAAGUUCUGGGCAGGUUACAUCCAGCAGGUUUAUGAAUCCGUAUUGAAGGUCCUGACAUCUGGAGCUCGGGAUCAAGAAAACGCCUGCCAAGAGCUUUAUGAUAAACUGAGAGUGCUGGAAGAUGGAAUCGGGGAAGUUUUGGCAGUGGGAAGGACUAAUCCCCAAUGCAGCAAUCUAGGAAUCCUCGAUAUUAUGAUCGUGCCAACACUUGGGGCAUACAAGGUACAAGAAGAAGUGUUUGGUGUGAAGAUUCUUGAUCCCGACAGAAAUCCCAUGAUACACUCAUGGGUGAACAGCCUGAUUGAGCUGCGUGUGAUCAAAGAGGCGGCUGCUCCUCGCAAAAAGGUGGUUCCUUUUCUUCAAGGAUUUAAGCAACGACUCGCUCUCAAACAGCCGAGCAAGAGGGAUGAAACAGAUCUCUAACCUUGGUAUAUCCUUUUCCUGCUACUGUCUUUCAAACAACUUGUUUUCUUAGUUCUGUGAGUUAAUUUCUGCUUGUAAUAAGGCUGAAUUGUCUGUAAUCUGGUCCUAUGUGAGGAAAAUAAUAAUGCUAAUGCCAAACAUUGAUUGUGGAAAAUAAUGUUUUUGGAGAUGCUGGAAUUAAGAUUCCUAUUGAUGGAAGACAGUAAAAGACAAAAAGUCUUGUAAUGUUUCAUGAAA